AUGGGGGCUGUUUGCGGAAAACCGGGAGCUGCGGCUGAACCGAAGACGCGAAAAGCUGCGGUGGAGGUUUCGGAUUCGCCACCAGAGCCAAACGUGGCCCAGACAUCACCUGUUCCCGCCGCAGCGGUUUGCCCGAAGCCCGAGACGACAGACGCUGAUGCAACCGCAACAGCUGUAGCAGUGGAUCAGGCAAAGGAAUUCAUCACGGGAGACGGCGAUGGUGUUUAUCUGUUGAUGCUUCAGGAGAAUAAUAUGCCUUCUCUUGUGCAGCAAUACUCACACAGCAAACCAGAGGUAGCAGAAGGAGAUAUGCUGCUGUUGCAGGUUAAACCGCCGGCGGCAAUGAAGAACGCUGACGGGCAGAAGAAAGUUUGCGAGGCGGUGAUGGAAUGUCUGCGCCUGACGUUUGUAUAUUCCGGUUAUAUUCACGCCUACGCUGCAUUGGCCGAAGCUCCUUUUUCUGUUCUACUCGUUGUUUCCGAGCGUCACGAGGCUGCGGCCAUUAAAGAGAGCGACGAUGGAUAUAAAAUUGUGGGCAGUGCAGCUGAUGAGGCAUCGCAGACGAAUGCGGGAACGGAACAGACGGGAGAGGACGCUCACAAGACAGAAGGAAGUGCUGCAAAGACUGGCGGUGAGGCUCCAGCGGAGGGUGCAGGGGACGAGAAUUCAGCAGCGAAGGAGCAGAAGGAAGAGGCGGCGCCAACCGCAUCUGAAGGCAACGAGCAGCAAGGAGAAACAAAUGACAAGGAAAAGAAGGAUAAAGGAGAUGAAAAACGAACGAUAUUCCAGGAUUCAUCGCCAGAGCCCGCCGACGUAACAACAGCGCCCAAGGCACUUGACCAGAUGCAGGUUCUCCGCCACGUGGCUGAAGGCCGGUCACCAAACUUUUCUCUGUUGCAGUUUAUUAUUGUUGUUCCACUCACCAAACCAAAAGCAGAAGAAACUCUCAAGGAUGGAUGGGUCAUUGACGAGGAAAACGUUGAACAGCUCAAGAAACAAGUCGACAAACUUCAUGGCGUCAUGAUCGCAGCCGCACAGGAGAAGGGGGCGCAGUAA